AUGCCCAAGGCUGGAUUAGUUUAUAGUGAGAAAGCUGCAUUAAGUGAAAUUCUUUGCAAGCCAAAGAUAUUACCCUUAAAGUCUGUGACUUUGCAAAAACUUGAGGAAAUGGAGAAAAAUUAGCUCGCCAUUAACAUCAAGCUUUGCCAGUUUAUAAUUAACAACUUAGCUAAGGACAAGAAGGGGCAAUACUUCAUUAUAGAUGAGGAUAAGAAAGCGUUGCUGUUAUCAUCAACAAAGUAAAAAGCUAUUGAUUUGGUAAUUGAAAUCCUCAAAUUAAGACCAGAUAUCAUUAGAAUAGAGUUACUACAAAAUCUUGAUGUUGAUGGAGUAUAAAAACUCUUUAUCGACUUUAAUCUAAAUAAUCAAAUUACAUAAGUAUGUUUUAAGAGGUUCAUGUGGUAUGAUUAGAGGGCUGAGAUACUUGGCCAGUUCUUUAUGAAAAACAAAAUUGUAAAAUAGCUAGAGAUAAUUACAGUCAAUGACUGUAAUAGAGGACUCACUCCGUUAUUUGAGGCAUUAACUCACAAUAGAUCUAUAUCUCGCUAUAAAAUUGCUAUUAAUACUAUUGGCCAGGAGUCAAUUUUGUUUUUAACAAAGAUUAUUAUGGAUAAUAAGAAUGUUGAGUCAUUGGACCUAAGCUAUGAAAUAUGCUUGGAAAAUAUUAAGUUAAAAGGCAAGCAUUCAAAUAUUUAAGAACUUAUGCUUAAGGGUUGUGACAUUGGCAAGUCUGGUUGUAAAAAUUUAGGAACAAUUCUCGAAAUUGGAGUUAAAAUCUAAAAUCUAGAUCUUUCAUGGAACCUAUUACAACUAGAUAGUGUCAUUGAAAUAUGCAAAGGUAUGAAAUUGAACUCAACUUUGCUGCAUUUGGAUCUUAGUAAUAACUUAAUAGAAGAAAAAUCUAUGAAGCCACUAUCUGAGGCAUUAAGAUAUAAUAGCACAAUAAGAACACUUAAUUUGAAUAAUAACACCAUCCAUGCUAAUGGCUGUAUUAAACUGACUAAAGGACUCAUUGAUAAUAUUAGUUUAAGAUCAUUAAGCUUAUCGAAUAAUUUUAUUAAGGAUGAGGGUUGCGAGGCACUUUGUCAUUAUCUUGGCAAAAGGAGCUGUAUUCUUGAGCAUUUAGAUAUUUCAGAUAAUUUUAUAAGAGAAAAAGGCUCAGUUAAUCUUCUUGCGAUCCUAGAUUAUAAAGAAUCAGAUAACCCAGAGGAGGAUGAAAAUGAGCAUGAUGGGCUCUUUGGAAUAAUAGGAAAAAAUGAUUCAAUCAAGGUGCUUGACAUGAGUAGGAAUGAUAUCAAGAAGCUGGAAAAAGAAUUUCAUUACAUACCUUUACAUAGGAAAUAUAAGAUCAAAGUUAUACUUAAUGAUUUAAGAUGA